CAUGCAAAUGUGGCCGGCUGGGGCAGAAUGAGGCUGGGUUAAAACACUCACAUCAGCAUCCGACACUUGACUUUGCGAGGAGGGAGAGCUCUUUCUGGCAAAUCUGAGGUGCAAGGCACUGUCCAUCUUUGCAGAUCAUUCUCAAAGGCUCAUACAGGUGACAAGUGUGACCAACUUCACUGCAUUGACGCGCGCAUAUUGUCCAUAGGCAGUGCGUAAACGCGCCAAUCUUUUGACAUUUCACCUGCAGUGUUGUGGUCGCAUGUGACGCACCGACGCCUUCAGCUUUUUUUAGCCAUAUUUUUGGAUAAAGGAGUGUUGCGUUUUUCGGACAAGUUUCUGCGCUGAUUGCUAUGUUCGUCAUGUCCGCCUGGGUGAACUUGCGCGUUUUCUCCGUAGAGUCACACAGAGCCGCGCUGUGUGCAGAAGUUGGUUGGGAAUCAUCAUAACAACAGUGCGGGGAGCAGAGGAGGGAAAAGGAAGGGACAGCGGUGUAGAGGGGAUGAUGAGAGGCUGAAUUUAUUUUUUAAGGUUCACUACCAGCUUCAUCAGCAUGAGGAUCAAAACUGCGGAGGACUGCUGCUCUCCAUCUACAUAGUAACAGUUUUUGCAGAAGCCUGCCAGUGAGUCCUGCAACCACAGCUGCGUAAACUUGGCCAGAUCUGGUGACAUUGUACCCUCUGCGUGUGUGUGAGUGCGUGCCUGGAUGGAUAUGCAGCUCACCGAGGGAAUUUGAAAAGCACGGGGGGAUUACUAUCAGUCGCUCUCCCUAUUAUAACCUCAAAAUGGAUGCCGAUUACAGGCUGUGGAGACGCCACUGGAUUAGCCACUCUCCCGCUGAUCUGCUUGACAUCUGAGCGCCACGAGCUUUCAAAGUUUGGAUAAUCUACAAAAAAGGAAAAGGGGAAAGGGCUGAAGGUGUAGGAUGCAGUCUGGGGCGAAGACACUCUCCGCAGGUGGAGGUGCGUCACUGUGCUGCCUGCUGCUCCUGUGGCUCAUCUACUCCCAUCUGCUCAGAGAGGGCCAGUUGGCGGUGGGAACCUGUGAGAUCGUGAUGCUCAACAGAGACAGCAGCGUUCCCAGACGGACCAUCGCCAGGCAGACGGCCCGCUGCGCCUGCCGGAGAGGCCAGAUCGCCGGGACCACCAGGGCCAGGCCGGCGUGUGUGGAAGCGCGGAUCGUGCGGAGCCGUCAGUGGUGUGAGAUGGCCCCCUGCCUGGAGGGGGAGGUCUGCAGCCUCCUGUUCAAUCGCUCCGGCUGGACCUGCACCAGAGGCAGCGGGCGCAUCAAGACUGUCACGCCUUUGCCCAAGGAGCCGUCGUAGGAUGUGGAGAACACUGCAAGGUCAUCGGCAUCCUGCUACAAAAGGUACUGAGACCAAUCACUAAACCAGAACAUUGUGUCCAUUCUCUUAUGAGACUCUCAAACUUUACAACAGGUUUUAACCUUCAGUAAAAACAAAUAUGUAUAAAAGAACUAGCAGACAUUUCUCAGCAUUCUGAGAAGUCUCCAGUGAGAGGCAUGGUACACCAUCGGCUUUGAAUCUUCACCGCGAACCCUUGGACACGUCAUAGAACAAAAUCCCUGUGAGGAACUUUCAUCAACGGGACGUGGAAUAAUUGACUCAUUCAUUACAUUUACUUUUUGUUGCCCUUGAUAUCCAACAUUAGGUCUGCAGGGGACGCCUCCUUGAAGAUUUUUCGUACCUUUGUGGCUUGAUCUGGACUUUUCAGAAGGUCUUUCAGAAGUCGGCCCCUUCUUCUUCUUAACUAUCUCGAUACGAAGCCGUCCAGUGUUAUAUUCCAGACAAGAUUUGUCAAUGACAGCUUGCUGCUAAAGACACUUUUAUGAGGUUGAGCCAGACUGUAUUGCCCACUGGAUUCUCUCACUCACUUGGCUGGGUAAGACUUUGCACUGCAUACACACAGGACGGAACAUUGUGCAAAAAGCAUGAAAGUCUAUUGGAAUGUCCCAGAAGAGACGACGGAGAUGAGUUGACUGUCUUGAGUGCCAAAUGUGGACAUUUUGGACAACUUAGCGUAUAACUUAUGUUUUUUGUGUGGUGCCAACAUAGAGUAGAAUAGUAGUUUUUGUCAAUGAACCUCACACAUCCUGGACACACACCACCGGGAGCAUUCAGCAGAUGUGGACCCCUGGCUCGUUUUAAUGGUCUAAACCUGCGUGUGUGCAUGUUUGCAUCUCUCAAUGUGUGAAUAUGUAUGUGUGAGUCUGCGUGCACAUCCAGAGAAACACUGUUAAAUAAGUCAUAUCCAAUGCAUUAUUCAUACUCUUGUAUAUUUUUGGGACACGCCCAGUCCAGAGCUCACCAUCUGGCCGGAGAACAAUGUGUGAUUUUACAGAUGCUGGAUCUCAUUUGAAUGUUCAAGGUUGAAUCCUGUUUUUGACUUUAUUUUGUGUCUUUUCUUUAGUACAUAGAGAUAUUUAUGAUGGGGGGGGGAUAUAAUUGAAACUAGAGAAAGAGCUGCAGUAUGUCACACAAAUUAAAUUCUGUAAUUAAAAUCAAUUCAUGCGUGAUUAAAUGUAUUCAGAAUCCUUGUCUAAAUUGACUAUAUUUUGAUAUGAAAUGUUUUGGCCAGCUGGACGUGCUAUUUGCUGGUUUCAGAUGCUUGAUAUACUUGAAAGGAUUUGUGUAAAUAUAUAUAUAGAGAUUCAAUUAAUGUGUUUUAUGUUCUGUGGGUCUCAUCUCAGGAGCACAAGAGGCAUUCUUCUGCAAGAGGUGGACACAAUAACAUGAACACCAGUAAGAUAUCUCAAAAAUAAAACGCAAUACUACAAUGUAUAUGAAGAUUGAUGUACAUCCUAAAGUAAAACAAUAUAUCUGUUAGUCUAACAAAGAUAACAAUAGAUUGCAUAAUAUUUUACUGGUGUUUUUGUCAGUAUGUCGCCACCCUGUUUUUCUUUUCCUUUUCUUUGUACUAAAACAUUAUGUAUAUCUCCAUCUUAAUGUAUGCAUUUGAGGAUAUAAAGAGAGCGUCCGCUCCCGAGAGCUGCAGA